CACUUUUGGGUUUAUCAUGGCAGCUAACCAUCUCCACCAAGAACGCGUGUCAUUCAUCACGUCGGUCACGAAACAGGCCGACAAGGAUGUCGACGGGUUCAAAGACACAAGUACCCCGCUGGACCUCGAGGAUGGCGCCCUGCGCGAAGGCGGCGCGCUCGUGUACACGUCCCCCGAAGUGAUGACCCUUCUGUUCCAGUACGCCGUGGUGGGCAUCUGCUACGGCGGACUCACGGGCAUGAGGCUGCCCGUGCUGACCUACUACUUUGGCUUGGAGGCGGCCGCGCUGAGCUCUGCGACCGGUCUCAUGAAUUUGGGCUGGUCGUUCAAGGUGUUUUACGGCAUGCUCUCGGACUGCUUCCCCAUCAUGGGCUACAGCCGCAAGCCAUACAUUUUGAUUGGAUGGCUUAUGACUGCUAUCUGUUUCGUGGUGAUUGCAUUGAAACCGGCUGGUCCGUCGGUGGUCGGGGACAAAUCGGUCGAGAACAUCAAGGCCGCGCAGGCCAACGGAUCCCUCCUCGUGCUGCUCUGCUCCGUGGCCUGCUUCUGCUACAUCAUGGCCGACGUCGCAUGCGACGCCAUGGUGGUCGAAUACGCCCAACGCGAACCCGACCGCGUGCGUGGGCGGCUGCAGUCGUCCAUCUACGGCACCCGCUUCGUGUUCCAAGCAGUGUCCACCGCGUUGUCUGGGUUCCUCAUGAGCUCGGAGCGUUACGGCGGCAAAUUUGGGUUUGAUAUCAGCGUAAACGCAUUCUUCGGGAUCCUCGCGGUGCCCGUGGUCGCGAAUGUGUUUGUCGUGUACUUUUUCAUGAAAGACCGCAAGCGCGGCGCGAUCCACUUUGCCGCGUACUUUCACGACGUGUUUGAACUCAUCCAGAAGCGCGCCGUGUGGCAAGUCAUGAUCUUCAAUUUCAUGUUCAACCUGUUCUCGGCCGGGAUCUCGUCGUGGGCGGGCAGCUACAUCCAGGUCUACUGGGCACACGUCGAGCCCGUCAACAGCUCCGUCGCUGGCGUGCUCUCGUACUUCAUCCUGUCCUCGACGUUUUUCGCCGUCGGCCGAUGGGGCACCCACUGGAACUGGCGCGUUAUCUUGGUCAUCACGACGUUGACUGGCAGCGUCAUCGACGCCAUCGCACAGUUCCUGACCAUCUACGAUAUCGUGCGCAACCAGUGGUUCUACCUUGGCAUCCCCCUCACCGAACAAUUUCCCCUUGGCAUCCAAUUCGUUGUGUCCACGUAUGUGAUUGUGGAACUGGCGGGCGACGGCAACGAAGGCCUCAUGUACGGUCUGCUCACGACUGUGGCCAACCUCCCCACAGUGUUUGGCUCGAUGAUCACCAACGUCUACUCGACGCAGCUCAAAGUGACCAAAGCCGACAUUGAGACUGACACCGCCGAAGUCCGCAACGACGCCGCGUACUCGUUCUUGGUCGUGUACGCCACAACUGUCAUUGCGUGCUGCUGGACGGUGAUCCUGCCGCCGCGAAAGGCCGCUGUCAAGGAAAUGCUCCAACACGGAGGCAAGUACCCCAUCAUAGGCGCGUUGAUCAUUGUCGUGACGUUCGGCAUCCUUUGCAUCUCCGUCACGUCCAUCAUGAUGACCAUGUUUGAAUCCACGUCGUGCUACCUUUUGGCCGGUGGCUCGGGAUGUUAA